UGUUAUACUCUGGUAGUAUUUGGAGGGUAAAUUUGAUAGAAUUCUAUCUUGGGAGUUAAGCAACAGAACUUUUUUCUUAAAGUAUCUUUAAUGGUCAUUAGAAUAAGAAAAAGUGUGCUUACAGUUAGACUUAAUAUUUCUAACAGUUUAUUACUACUGUGAGAGGCAGUGAGAGUCAGAUGACUUAUUGAUAUUUUUUUUUAAGCCAAAAGUGAAAGUAUAAUAUUAAGUAUUCCUCUUUCGGCCUGUGUUGAAUACUUUUUAUUUUGUGUAGGCUUUCUACACUGUCUUCUGUGGGCAGUUUUGCUUAUUUAAUUGACAAGUAAUCUUAAAUUGAGGGCAUUAAUGAAUUGAAACUCUUUGUUUUUUGGAUGCAUAAAUUAGGGUGACAAAGCAUAAGGUUUACACUAUAGGACCUCAGUCAAUUUAUCAAGAUGUUUUCAGGUUUUAUAAGCAUUAAAAAUAACACCUAUUUAUAACAGAUAAAAUGGGUCUGGUAGCAAUUUAAAUAGCUUAGUAUAUAUAGGUGGGUAUACAGAUACAUGUAUUAAUACCAAUAACUAAUAAAUAUGAAAUAAAUUACUGUUAUUUAAUGUCUUCAGUAAGGCCUACCUACCUUUUAUUUAUGCAUGUUAAAAAAAAUCUGUGUUUGUGCAGAAUUUACACUGAAAUUAUAAAAUAACUGUUUUUGAAAUUAGUCAAUUAAUAUAGACUUAGAUGUUGCAAAAUUUAGGAAAAAGUAGACCUUUGUUAAAGCUAAUCAUAUGUAAUUUUUCUGUUCCUGUAAGUAAGGUGUAAUUAUUAUUUAAAGCAAAAUUUAAAAGCUGUCUUGAAUUCCAUCUAUGUUUAGAGGUAUAUUCAGAUAAUAUUGUUUAGAGAUUUAUCCCUCCACAUCUGGUUGUUUUAAGUAGAAUUUUUACUUCUAAAAUCCAGCAUGGUGCUUUUGAAAACUUACUCUAAUGCUAUUUUCAAUUUAGUGUGAUUUUGUACACUGUGUUUUAAAUUAUUUUUGAGGACUCUAUAACAGAAAUGUUUAGCCAACUACCACAUAACUAUAAGUAGUUCUUUUAAAAUAGAUAUAUGUAGACAAUUUUUUAAGAAAUAAUUUUAACAGGGGCAGUAAGAGGACACAAAGGGAAAAUGUGUGAAAGUUGCAGUUCAUAUCAAAAUUAAUUGAUUAGAGUUUAGUAAUUAAAUAUGGCACAUUGAUGAACUUUAUUUUAGAGUAAAAUUUUCAAUUUUUAGUCGUAGGGAUUUUUUCUUUUUAGUGUCUAAGAUUAUUUUAGUGUUACUGUCAUUAUUUUUAUUAGGCAAUUUAGAUGUUUAUAAGCAAGACAUUUAGGCAUUAACCAUCCCUCUUCAGAUAAGUAUACAUAAAUUGGUUCUAAAAAUCAGGACUUUAAGAAGUUUCCUGAGACAAGGGAACUUCUGUUAGUGAUUUUCAAAAAUUUUUAGUAGUUUUCCAAGGCAUGUUCUUUGGAAUUGGAUUUUUAAGCGUCUCUGACCUAGUUGGUGAGAUGUCUUUUUAACUGGAUGGGUGUAAGCUUCCUUUUAAAUUGAAGCUGAUUACAUGGAGUAGGCUUUUGUUUUUUUCUAUCUACUUGAAAUUUAAUGGAAUUUAUUGGAAGGUUAUCAAAAGUGUUUACAUCACCAGUAGGUAGUUUAGUAAGCAGGAUAGGGGCACUCAUUAAGGAACAAAUUUCAAUUCGCACAUAUUUGUUUUUUCUUUUUCUUUUUUUUGACUAAUUUGGUUAUUUGCCAUUUCUGGGGAUUAAACUUUAAAAAAUGUUCUUCUUUUCUGUAUCUGAUGUUCUGUGUGCUAUUAGUGAUGCAGCCAACACGAACGGUUGUCAUGUGUAACACAACUUUCGAUCACCGCGAAAACACCGUCCUGGGAAAGCGUCCAUGCUUGAUAUCGUUUGGUUCAUGAACAUUAAGUUUCCAGUACAGGUAAAAUUCCAGAGGAAUCCAAAGCCCUCUCUUUAUUGGCUCCUGCUCCAACCAUGACAAGUUUAAUGCCUGGUGCAGGCUUGCUUCCCAUACCGACCCCAAAUCCCUUGACUACAUUGGGUGUUUCCCUUAGCAGUUUGGGAGCUAUACCAGCAGCAGCACUAGACCCCAACAUUGCAACACUUGGAGAGAUACCACAGCCACCACUUAUGGGAAAUGUGGAUCCUUCCAAAAUUGAUGAAAUUAGGAGAACAGUCUAUGUUGGCAAUUUGAAUUCCCAGACAACAACAGCUGAUCAACUACUUGAAUUUUUUAAACAAGUUGGAGAAGUAAAGUUUGUGCGGAUGGCAGGUGAUGAGACUCAGCCAACUCGGUUUGCUUUUGUGGAAUUUGCAGACCAAAAUUCUGUACCAAGGGCUCUUGCUUUUAAUGGAGUUAUGUUUGGAGACAGGCCACUGAAAAUUAAUCACUCCAACAAUGCAAUAGUAAAACCCCCUGAGAUGACACCUCAGGCUGCAGCUAAGGAGUUAGAAGAAGUAAUGAAGCGAGUACGAGAGGCUCAGUCCUUUAUCUCAGCAGCCAUUGAACCAGAGUCUGGAAAGAGCAAUGAAAGAAAAGGCGGUCGAUCUCGUUCCCAUACUCGUUCAAAAUCCAGGUCUAGCUCAAAAUCCCAUUCUAGACGAAAAAGAUCACAGUCAAAACACAGGAGUAGAUCCCAUAAUAGAUCACGUUCAAGACAAAAAGACAGACGUAGAUCUAAGAGCCCACAUAAAAAACGCUCUAAAUCAAGGGAGAGACGGAAAUCAAGGAGUCGUUCACGUUCACGGGACAAGAGAAAAGACACCCGAGAAAAGAUCAAGGAAAAGGAAAGAGUGAAAGAAAAAGAUAGAGAAAAGGAAAGGGAAAAAGAGAGAGAGAGGGAGAAGGAACGUGAAAAAGAAAAGGAACGGGGUAAAAACAAAGACCGGGAUAAAGAACGGGAAAAGGACCGGGAUAAAGACAAGGAAAAGGACAGAGAGAGAGAGCGGGAAAAAGAACAUGACAAGGAGCGAGACAAGGACAAGGAACAGGACAAAGAAAAGGAGCGAGACAAAGACAGAUCCAAAGAGAUAGAUGACAAAAGAAAGAAGGAUAAAAAAUCCAGAACACCACCCAGAAGUUACAAUGCAUCAAGAAGAUCUCGUAGUUCCAGCAGGGAAAGGCGUAGGAGGAGGAGCAGGAGUUCUUCCAGAUCACCAAGAACAUCAAAAACUAUAAAAAGGAAAUCUUCUAGAUCUCCAUCUCCUAGGAGCAGAAAUAAGAAGGAUAAAAAGAGAGAAAAAGAAAGGGACCAUAUUAGUGAAAGAAGAGAGAGAGAACGAUCAAGCUCUACAAGAAAGAGCUCUAAUGACCGAGAUGGAAAGGAAAAGUUGGAGAAGAACAAUACUUCACUUAAAGAGAAGGAACACAAUAAAGAACCAGAAUCAAGCGUGGGCAAAGAAGUAGAUGAUAAGGAUGCACCAAGGACCGAGGAAAACAAAGUACAGCAAAAUGGAAAUUGUCAGCCAAAUGAAGAAAACCUCUCUACCAAAACAGAAGCGGUAUAGGACUGACAAAUGCACCUCUAAACACACGCUGGAAUAAAAUCCAAAGCUUUUAAAUCUCUCAACAAGAUGUU